AUGUCCUUUGAAAAACCAGUGAUUGUAAUUGACAACGGCAGCUAUAAUAUAAAGGCCGGAUUUUCGUGUGACAAUCACCCCGUUUCUAUAUUUAGGAAUGUAGUAGGCCGGCCAAUUUACCUCAAUGGAGGAUAUGGCCGUGAAUACUAUGAUGUAUACAUCGGAGAUGAUACUAUAUGCAACGCUGAAGAUCUGGAUUUAAGUAGACCAGUAAUAAAUGGACAAAUAGCCAACUGGGAUAAUAUGGAGAGGGUCUGGCAUCAUAUAUUUUAUCAAGAAUUAAAAGCUGCCCCUGAAGAUAGGGCGGUACUAUUAACCUGUUCGCCAAUGUCGCCUAUUAGCGAAAAAAUUAAAUGUUGCGAGGUUUUCUUCGAGACUCUUAACAGUCCCGAUCUUUGCAUACGACCUCAAUGCGUUUUAGCACUUUACGGCUCUGGAGUAACUACAGGCAUCUGCGUUGACGUCGGCCAUGAUAAUACAAAUAUUAAUCCGAUAUAUGAAGGUGGUGUUAUUAGUUACGCGCAUAUGCAAACUCACAUAGGAGGAAAACAAAUUUCAAAUUUCAUAGAGAAACACCUACAAGAGCGUAACUUAAACUUGGGCAUACAAGAAAUAGACGUUGUCGAAGAAAUUAAAAGAGACUGUUUAUAUAGAUCAUUCAAUUCGUCCAUGCAUCAGGAUGAUGUUUGUGAAGAUUACUUGUUACCAGAUGGUACAAAAAUAAAUAUAGGUGAAGAGACGCUUUUGUUGGGAGAAAUAUUUUUCCAGCCCGAGUUAAUCAACAUAGAACAGCACUACUGUCUACCUCUUCAUGAAGCUAUUACAACGUCGGUUUUAAAAUGUGACCCAGAUCUUACUUCCGAAUUAUAUGACGCUGUAACUUUGUGUGGGGGGUCAUCGAUGGUACCUGGAUUUGGUACAAGAUUAGCAGCAGAAAUAGAAAAAGUUAUAGAUUCUUCUAUAACACUUUUGUCCUCACUGGAAGGCUAUGCUAUGGUAUGGCUAGGUGGUGCAGUAUUUGCUUCCCUCCCUGAAUCAAAGCAUGUGUGGAUAUCAAAAAGUAGCUAUGAAGACCAUGGAGAAAAUAUUGUUAGAAAAAAAAUUUUAUAA